GGGUUCUUCCCCCGGUCUUCCGGGUGACACUUCCUGGAACAGCUGAAGUUGUUUUGGAGGUGCAAUGGCCGAAGAUCCUGCACUGUCUCUCCGGGUCUCUGAGAUCAAGGACCCGGCGGUUCUCUUCGAACGUUACAACACCGCGGAGAUCCGCCGAGUCGAAGGCAAAGUCCGUGGGGAGAUCGAGCAGAAGAAGGAGGAGCUGAGGCAGAUGGUGGGGGAGCGCUACCGGGACCUGAUCGAUGCCGCCGACACCAUCGGAGAGAUGAGGCAGUGCUCGGAGAGCGUCGUCCAGUCCAUCCAGGACAUGCACCAGUACUGCCACAAGCUGAAGCAAGGCACACCCAGCACGAGCAGCUGCAGACAGGAGGGCCAGAGGCAGUGGCAGGAGAAGUUCUACACCAUGGCCUCCCAGAUCAAGCUCCUCUUGGAGAUCCCAGAGCGCAUCUGGAGCGCCAUGGAGGCGUCCCAGUACCUCCAGGCCACCCAGCUCUACCUGCUUUGUUGCCACCUGCACAGUUUGCUGCAGCUGCAGGUUGCUACAGGGGGCCACUACAGCCCCGUCCUGGCCCGCUUCCCCAUCUUGGUCCGGCAGGUAGCCACCACGGGACACUUCAGAUCCACCAUUCUCCUGGACAGCAGGUCUUUGCUGCGGGGCCGCGCCGUGUCGGACCAGGCCAUCGCUGAGGCCCUGGUGUCCACCAUGCUGCUGGAGGACAGCUCACCACGCCAGGCCCUGGCUGACUUCUUGCUGGCUCGGAAGGCUUCUAUCCAUCAGCUUCUCAACCAACCACAGCACGGUGCAGGGAUCAAGGCCCAGGUGUGCAGCCUGGUGGAGCUGCUGGUCACCACUCUGUUCCAGGCCUACGCCGUCUUCUACCUGCCCCCAGAGGGAGGCCCCAGGCCGGGGGAGGGAGCCCUGAGCUAUGGCAUGCUCUUUUCUACCCUGGAGAACGUCACCUCCACCACAUACGCAGCUAAAGACAGGAGGGUGUUGCAGGAAGAGACGAGUACAGGCAGCUGGUUCAAAUAUCUGCCUCCCUCCAUCACGGAGUUCCAGCCAGCCCUUCGCACUCUGGCUCAGCCAAUCCAGAGAGAGCAGCUUCGGGACACCCUGCAGCAGUGGAUCGAUACCUGUAAGGAGGACAUCUGCCGUGGCGUUAGCAGCCUUCUGGUCUAUGUGAAGAGCCUGAAGGGGUUGGCAGCCAUUAGAGACUCUGUAUGGGACCUCCUGUCCACCGAGUCCAUCAGUCAGCACUGGAGCACUGUGUGUCAGCGACUGCUGGAGUGCCCCCUGGUUGUCUGGGAUGACUUCCUGCAGCAACUCUUCCUUCAGCGCCUGCAGGCCAUCACCAAAGAAGAAACUGAAGCCAUCUCAACGAGCUCCGUCCAGCUCCUCACCUCAGCUGUGAGGGAUCUUGAGGGCCAGACCAUCCAUACUUCUUCAGCUACCAACCCUGGCUCAGGCCGCGGGGGCCAGUACGAGGUAGAUGUGGCAUCCUUCCUGUGGUCGGAGUCUCCGGGGGACCUGCUGAGCGAUGCAGGGUGGGUCAGUGUGACCCAGCGGGGGCAGCAGCACCAUAGGAGUAGCCUGGCCAUGAAGACCCAGGCCCUGACGCCCUGCGUUCAAAACUUCUGCUCCUCUCUGGAUGCUAAGCUAAAGGCCAGGCUGGAGGACCUGCAGUACUACCUACCCUCCCAAGACACAGGGUCUGACUCCAGCUCAGUCACAGUCGCCUCCUCUGGUCCCAGCGAGAGCUCGUCAGCGUCCUCUUUUAACCGCUUCACAGACUCUCCAGCAGUGGAGGACGCUUUACGUGACGGCUGCGUGGGCUGUGUCCGCCACAUCCUGUCUUCCAUCCGCUCUGAACUGGCCUCAGCCUCACCUGACCCCAGCCCCGCCUGCCUCACUUCAGUCCUUUUCAUGGCCAGGCUGUGCCAGUCCAUGGGUGAACUCUGCCCCAACCUGAAGCAUUGCAUCCUGGGAAAACAGAGGGGUUCUGAGGCCACAGCAAAGGAGACCCCCAGACAAGGCAAGAAGCUGGGCAAAGCCAGGGCCACCACGGAGGUCAGCCCCACCCAGGCCAAGUGGGCAUGUUUGAAGGAGGAGCUCCUCGUUUGCAGCAUGGAGGCGUACCGCAUCUGGAGCUCUGCCCUCUCCAAAGUUCUGCUGGAUAAGUUUGCCACAACGCUGCAUGCUGAGUCUGCCGGUGCCAUCCUUACAACAGCAACAAACUGGGAGGAUCUGGAGAUCCAAGAAGAAGCCGAGUCGGGGAGCAGUGUCUCAUCCAAAAUCCGUCUUCCAGUCCAGCCAUCUUGGUUCGUGCAGUCGCUGCUAUUCCAGCUGUGUGUGGAGGUGAACAGGGUGGGGGGCCACGCUCUGCCCCGGCGCACCCUGCAGGAGCUGCUGCAGACCUGUCUGGCUCAGGUCCUGCACCACUACCACAGCCUCACACAGCAGUCCUUCAGCAGAGUAACUAGCGCACACACACACGCACGCACACGCACACACGCACGCGCACAAAAUGGAAAUGAGGGACGUUUGUAUUGUGAGGAGGGCGUGUUUCCCAUGACUCAGAACAGAGCCUUACAGCUGUUGUUUGACCUUCGUUACCUCAACACCACACUGAGCAGCAGAGUGGAGGAAGGAAAGAGCUCCCGAUCCCACCAGGACCCCAGAUUCCACGAGGUCUGUGAUUGGCUGGAGGGCUACAUCGACCCGUUUGACCUGGACGUGUUCACACCUCCGCUCAAUACCAACCUCAACCGCCUGUCCCAGAGGACCUCGGUACUGCUGGGGCUGCUGACGGGCUCAGAGAAGCAGUUUGCCUUGCGGAGCAGCAGUGUGAACUCCCAGGAGCCUUUCAACAUCCUGCCACUGGCCAGCAGCCAGAUCAGGUUCGGGUUGCUGCCUCUCAGCAUGUCCAAUGUGCGUAAAUCUAAGUCGGCCACCCGGAGCUCUGCUGCUGCUCACCAGCUGCAGGCACCUCCAUCCUCCGUAGCAGACAGCGAGAACAGCUUCCGGCCGGGCAGCCUGUUCAGACAGCUGGCUGAUCAGGACGAAGACACAGCCGCUCCGUCUUUAUUCAAACUCAGCUGGCUGUCUGGCAUGGCCAAAUAACCCUUUAUUGCACAAGGCCUUUUAUUUGACCUUGCAGAAACUUUGUAAAAAAUAAAAUGUAUAGUAAAAAUAAUUUGGUCGUUCCAGAAA